AUGCACACACUACUGAUACAACAACUCAACAGACUUCUAAUACAACAACUCAACAAACGUACAACAACUGAACAAACUACUUAUACAACAACUAAACAAACUACUGAUACAACCACCCAUCAAACUAUUGAUAAAACAACUCAACAAACUUCUGAUUCAACAAAGCAACACACUGCUGAUACAACAACUCAACAAACUUCUGACACAACAACUGAACAAACAAGUGAUAAAACAACUCAACAAACUUCCGAUUCAACAACUCAACAAACUACGGAUAUAAUAAGUCAACAGUCUUCUGAUACAACAACUCAACAAACUCCUGAAUCAGAUACAACAACUCAGCAAACUUCUGAUACAACAACUACACAAACUAAUGAUACAACAAAUCUCAAAACUAUUUCCAAAACUAUUACACAAGCUUCUGCCGCAACUACUGCAACAACGGGUGCACACACUAUUGAUACAACAAUUCAACAGACUUCUAAUACAACAACUCAACAAACGUCUGAUUUAAUAACUCUACAAACUAUUUCCAAAACUAUUGCGCAAUCUAUUGCCACAACUACUGCAACAACGGGUGUACACACUACUGAUACAGCAACUCAACAAACUUCUGAUACAGUAAAUCAACAAACUCCUGAUACAACAACUCAACAAACUUCUGAUGCAACAAAUCAACAAUCUCCUGAUACAACAACUCAACAACAUAGUGAUACAACAACCCAUCAAACUAUUGAUACAACAACUCAACCAUCUUCUGAUAUAACAACUCAACAAACUUCUGAAACAACAAAUCAACAAACUUCUGAUACAACAACUCAACAAACAUUUGACACAACAACUCAACAAACAUCUGAUACAACAACUCAACGAACUACUGAUACAACAACUCAAACGACUUCUGAUACAAUAAAUCAACAAACAACUGAAUCAGAUACAACAACUCAACAAACUUCUGAUAUUAAAACUCAACAAACUUCUGAAACAACAACUCAACAAACUUCUGAUACAACAACUCUACAAACUAUUUCCAAAACUAUUACACAAUCUUCUUCCGCAACUACUGCAACAACGGGUGCACACACUACUGAUACAACAACUCAAGAAAAUUCUGAUGCAAGAAGUCAACAAACGUCUGAUACAUCAACUCUACAAACUAUUUCCAAAACUUUUGCACAAGCUACUGCUGCAACUACUGCAACAACGGUUGUACACACUACUGAUACAACAACUCAACAAACUUCAUAUACAACAACUCAACAUACAUCUGAUACAACAACUCAACAAACAUCUGAUACAACAACUACACAAGCUACUGAUAUAACAACUCAACAAACUUCUGAUACAACAACUACACAAACUCCUGAUACAACAACUCAACAAACUUCUGAUACAACAACUAUACAAACUAUUUCCAAAACUAUUGCACAAGUACUGCCACACCUAAUGCAACAACGGUUGCACAAACUACUGAAACAACAACUCUACAAACUUCUGAUCCAACAACUCAACAAACUUCUGAUACAACAUCUCAACAAACUUCUGAUUCAACAACUCAACAAACACCCGAUAAAUCAACUCAACAAACUACUGACACAACAACUCAACAAACUACUGAAGCAGAUACAACAACGCAACAAACUUUUGAUACAACAACUCAACGAACCUCUGAUACAACAACACUACAAACUACUUCCAAAACUAUUGCGCAAGCUAUUGCAGCAACUACUGCAACAACGGGUAAGUCAACAAACGUCUGAUACAUCAACUCUACAAACUAUUUCCAAAACUUUUGCACAAGCUACUACUGCAACUACUGCAACAACGGUUGUACACACUACUGAUACAACAACUCAACAAACUUCGUAUACAACAACUCAACAUACAUCUGAUACAACAACUCAACAAACAUCUGAUACAACAACUACACAAGCUACUGAUAUAACAACUCAACAAACUUCUGAUACAACAACUACACAAACUCCUGAUACAACAACUCAACAAACUUCUGAUACAACAACUAUACAAACUAUUUCCAAAACUAUUGCACAAGUACUGCCACAUCUACUGCAACAACGGGUUAACAAACUACUGAAACAACAACUCUACAAACUUCUGAUACAACAACUCAACAAACUUCUGAUACAACAUCUCAACAAACUUCUGAUACAACAACUCAACAAACACCCGAUAAAACAACUCAACAAACUACUGACACAACAACUCAACAAACUACUGAAGCAGAUACAACAACGCAACAAACUUUUGAUACAACAACUCAACGAACCUCUGAUACAACAACACUACAAACUACUUCCAAAACUAUUGCGCAAGCUAUUGCAGCAACUACUGCAACAACGGGUGUACACACUACCGAUACAACAACUCAACAAACUUCUGAUACAACAACUCAACAAACUUCUGAUAGAACAACUUAACAAACUACUGAUACAACAACUCAACAAACUACUGAUACAACAUCUGAACAGACUUCUGAUACACCAACUCAACAAACUACUGAAUCAGAUACAACAACUCAACAAACUUCCGAAACAAAACAACUCAACAAACUUCUGA